AAGAAGUAUGAAAUCCUUUUUGACGGAUUGGUUGUAGUUAAAGGAAUAUAUUUUUUUAUAAAUCUGCAAUCAUCCACAAAAUUUAGCUACUUUUUUAAUUAAUUUGACAUAAAAUCGCAACAAAAUGCCCCCAAAGUUCGAUCCAACAGAAAUAAAAUAUGUGUACCUCAGAUGCGUCGGAGGUGAAGUGGGAGCGACUUCCUCUUUAGCCCCAAAAAUUGGUCCUUUGGGCUUAUCUCCCAAAAAAGUGGGUGAUGAUAUAGCUAAAGGAACAGCUGAUUGGAAGGGACUUAAAAUUACUGUUCAGCUUAAAAUUCAGAAUAGGCAAGCUACCAUUUCAGUGGUCCCAUCUGCGGCAUCAUUGAUCAUUAAAGCUCUUAAGGAACCGCCACGUGACAGAAAGAAGCAAAAGAAUAUCAAGCAUAGCGGAAAUAUAAGCUUUGAUGACAUUAUUGCCAUAGCCAGGCAAAUGAGGCCAAGGUCUAUGGCCAAGAGUCUGUCAGGUACAGUCAAGGAGGUUUUGGGUACCGCUCAGUCUGUGGGAUGUACAGUUGAUGGAAAAGCUCCACAUGAUGUCAUAGAUGAAGUUAAUGAAAACUCAAUUGACAUACCUGAGGAAUAAAUAAUAAAAACGUUUUUUAAUUUAAA